AUGUCUCCCAAUGUAGGGCUGGGCUCUCAGGGUCCGGUUGAGCGCGGAUGGAGUCUCUGGCUCACGAGCGUGCUGGCCGUCAUACUCGCGGGCCUCUUUGUGUGCGCACGCCUUGCUCAGCGAUUUAUGAAGCGGAGUGGGCUGGGGGUGGACGACUAUCUGAUUCUGGCAGCAUUGGCCUGUUCCGUCUUGUUGACACUGACCGAGUGUCAAGCUGUGGUAUACGGCUAUGGGAGGCCUUGGAAGACACUGCCUGCUGAUUCGCGCGUCAUUGCUCGCAAGUGGUUCUAUGGGGCAAACAUCGUCUACAAGCUGGUCCUCCUAUUCAACAAGACGUCUGUUGUCUGCCUGUACUACCGCAUCUUUGCCGUCUCCACCAAGUCUUUCCGCGUUGCCUGCCAUGUCAUGAAUACUUGGAUCGUGAUUACAGGCGUGGCCUUUAGUAUUGCUACCGUCUUUCAAUGCACGCCAAUCGCCGGGUUUUGGGACCACUCGAUCAAAGGAGCAAAGUGCUUUUCGAAUGAGCCGUGGUGGAUCUCGUACGCGACGGUCCAGAUCACCACCGACUUUGCACUGCUUUUCAUGCCCUUCAGACAGAUCCUGAAACUGACCAUGGGUACGACGGAGAAACUGGGUAUAGCCCUUGUGUUCGGCACUGGUGGAUUCGUCACUUUUGCAUCCAUCUAUCGGGCUACCACGAUUGCAAGAUCAGCCACCAACCCCGAUCCAACCCUGGGCCCUAUUCCCGCGACGAUAUGGUCAGUAAUAGAAGCAAAUGCCGGCAUCAUCUGCGCCUGUCUGCCCAUGCUCCGUGCUCCGUUCGUGCGGGUAUUCGGGCCUCUUUUCGGCUCGCGCAUAGGUACCAAGGGUAGUCUAUCGAAAAAGCGCUUGCGGCAAUCAAUUCGCAAGGUCUAG